GUAUUUGUCAAGAAAUCUGGAAAAAGACUUCACAGAAUCUGAGAUAUGCAUGAUCCACUAAUAGGUCAUCUUCUGUAUGUCAAGUUUUCAGCCAAUUGGAAAUCACAUUGUUGGUACAAAUAUUAACAUAUAUGACAAUAACUCUGUUGCCUUUUUAUGAAGAAUCCCUUCAACAAGUUGGAACAAAUUGUGUUUUCAGCAGCAGUACAAUCAGGGUGUCAUGUGAGGAAGAGAGCCCCACUUCCUCCUCUCCUACCAUGCAUUUCAUCGGAAAGAAGGCAGAUAUUGUUAAGGCUGGGCGUGUGACACAGCGGGUGAAUGGAUGCAGAGAUGUGCUUGUCCUGUACCACCAGGGGCAGCUUUAUGCAUUGGACAUGCUUUGCUACCAUACGGGUGGUCCAUUACAGAACGGAGACAUUGAGGAGUUCAGUGGACGGCUGUGCAUCGUUUGUCCAUGGCACAAGUACAAGAUAACCCUAGCAGAAGGUGAAGGACUUUAUCAAGCUGUUGACAAUCCUACAGUCAGACCGCUGAGGACUCACUGGCGCUCCAAGGGAGUCAAACAAAGGAUUCAUAAAGUCACUGAAGUCAGCGGGGAUGUCUAUGUGACACUGAAUGACUCCAGCGAGGCCAUUGAGUCCGAUGUCUACCAGACUGAAAAACACAGGACAGUUUCAAUCAAUGUGCAGCCAAAACCCAAACCCAAGACAUAGGAAGAUUAUAAAGUAGUCAUUUCAGUGCGCACGGGCGCCCCCCAGGGGUGUGUUCUCUCCCCACUUUUCCCUCUUCACAAACAACUGCAUCUCAGCUGACCCGUCUGUGAAAACCCUGAAGUUUGCAGAUGACACAACUGUCAUUGAUCUGAUCCAGGACAGUGAUGAGUCUGCAUACAGACAGGACGUGGAUCAGCUGGUACAGGUGGUUCUGAACAGAGCCACCUGGAACUUAACCCACUCAAGACUGUGGAGAUGAUGGUGGACUUUCGGAGACCACCACCCUUACACUCCUCCCUCACGAUCCUCAACAACAUUGUGUCUGCUGUGGACCACUUCCGGUUCCUAGGAACCACCAUUUCUCGAAACCUGAGUUGGUCCUCAUAAAUAGACAAGGUCUAGGGUCAGGAAAAGGGGCCAAUAAAAUCUCUGCAGACCCCACACACCCUGCACACAAACUGUUAAGACAUUUGCCUUCACGUCGGCGCCACAGAGCGCUGUCAGCUGAAACCAGCUGCCACAGAGACAGUUUCUUCCCCCAGGCUGUUUCUCUGAUGGAUACUUGACAGUCAGAGUUCCAGAGCAACAUCAUGCAUACUUGGACUGAUCUCACAUUAAAUUAUUUUGU